GAAUACGGCGACCGAGCGGAAGUUAGCUUGGUCUUGCCACCUAUUAAUAAAUAAUUUAAAGCCUCGCAAUAUUGUUUACCAAUAAAAAAAAAAACAUUCAUUUCUGGCACACAACCAAUUCAUUAAAUAGCAAUAUAAUAAUGAUGAAAAUCUUUUAGGUAGAGAACAAUUGAGAAUUGAGGUAUUUAUUCUUAAACGUUCACCAAAGUAGGUAUACCGCAGAAAUUACAUAGGUACAUAUAUUCUUUUUGAUUAGAACCAAAAAGUAUUGUUAACAAAUCAAUUAAAAAAUGUACGAAGUCUCAUCAGAAAUCUAUAGUGAAAUAGAUUUGCAACAAACAAAAUGUGAAGACGGAAGGCUUAUAUCCAAAUUUCAGUUCGAAUAUCCAGCUGAAGAUGCAAGUUCUUCAACUGAUAAGGACGGAGACAUCGAAGUUGCAAGGAAGAAACUAGGAACUAUCGAAAUUGAACACUCUGGUUCUACAAUAUUGCAAUUAGUUGGAUUGCAAGUUUGGCGGGGCGCAUUGCUAUUAGCUGAUUUCUUUUUCCAUAAUCGUCAUCAUUUUGCCGACAAACAUAUCCUUGAACUUGGUGCUGGUGUUGGUUUAACAAGCAUAGCAGCAGGGAUAUUUUGCAAAAAUGUUAUUUGUACAGAUGUAGAUAUUGGUGGAAUUCUUCAACUAAUUCGCAAAAAUGUUGAUCGUAAUCGUAAAUUUCUUAAAAACAAUAUAAAAGUUAUGGAAUUUGAUUUUAAAUCACCGGAAUAUUUGCCUGAAUUAGCAGAUGCAAUUGAAGCAAGUGAUGUAAUUGUAGCGGCUGAUGUUAUUUAUGAUGAUGAUUUAACUGAAUGUUUCAUUCGAGUUAUAGAUCGUAUUCUUUCAAAUGGAGCUCCUCGAAAUAAAUCAAUUUAUAUAGCUUUGGAGAAACGUUUUGUAUUCACAUUAGAUGAUCUAGAAACAUGUGCUCCGUGUUAUGAACAUUUUCUAAAAAUCAUUCAUCCCAAACCAUGGCGUAUUGAGUACAUUCCUAUUGAUUUUCCACAGUAUUUUAAAUAUGAAAGAAGCAAACAUCUUAUACUUUUUAAAGUUACAAAUAAAUAAAUAAAUAAUAAAUAACAACA